AUGGAGUGGGAGCUGGUGGUGGAGGUGAUUCGACCGGUGGUGGUGGGGAUUGAACAGGUGGUGGUGGGGAUUGAACCGGUGGUGAUUGAACAGGUGGUGGUGGGGAUUGAACCGGUGGUGGUGGGGAUUGGACUGGUGGGGGUGAGGAUUGAACUGGCGGUGGUAGGGACUGAACAGGUGGCGGCGGGGAAUGGACCGGUGCUGGUGGUGGUGAAGAGAAUACCGGUGGAGGUGACUGCACUAGCUCUGGAGAUGGUGGCGGAGGUGAAUGCUUCGGCACCGGAGAUGUGUUAG